GCAGCCCGGCUGCGCGCGCAGACUCAGUUGGCAGCAGGGCGAAAAGGAUGAGAAGACGCUUCCAGCACGUCGGACAGCGGCAAAGCACAAACAGGUUGUGGACACAGUAACAGCUCGGCGAACUGUAGCCGGAGGGAUUUCCUCGGCGCCCCCCUAUCGAUAAUUACUUUAUCCUGUUUGUGAAAACGGCUAGAAGAGAAGAAGAUAAACGUAGUCAUGCUACUCGACAGAGCGGAGCCUGGCUUGUCAGCCCUGCGGGGUGCGACUUGAAGCGCGCCGAAUCUUAACGCCACCUUCGCACCAUCUCCGAUUCGUGUUUCAUCUGAAUUUAGGACUGAAAAAAUCCAAGGACGUUUAAGCGAAGGACUUCCCAGUCAGUAGCUGCAGUAAAAGAAGAUCGGGAGCGAAUAAUGGGACUGAAGACGGGACAGAACUCAUUCCUCCCAAGAAAAAAAAAUUGCACGCACCAGGCCACUCCUUAGAGGAAACAUUGAUGGCAGCACCUAUACUGAAAUGGUAGAUGACAAGAUGGGUUUCUACAUUAGCUCCUUGUCCCGGGCUGACAUUCGUCGCAUCAAGCCUCACUCGGACACACAGCAGGCCCGUCGUUAUCAAGCUGCACCGAACUAUAAUUACAAAUGGACUGACGUCCACUAUGAGGCUAGUCGGGGAAAUGUGGACAGACUUCGAAAUCUGUUACUGACAUCUGGCAGAGAUAAUAUUGACCGAAAGGAUUAUUAUGGAAAGACCCCGCUUUAUUGGGCAGCAUAUAAAGGCCAAAGGUUUUCCAUGGAGCUUCUCCUACAUUAUGGUGCUGAUGUUAACAGUCAGUGUAAACAUGGUGGCACUCCUCUCCAUGCAGCAAUUGGCCUGUUUCCAGAGUGUGCACUGCUUCUCAUACAGCAUGGAGCAAAUAUUGACUUGCCGGAUAUCUGGGGAGUGACCCCCAUGUACCUAGCUGCCUGUAGUGGACAAACAGAAUGUAUCCAACUGCUGGUACAGGCUGGAGCUAAAAUCACCUACAGAAAUAAGAAAACUGGAGAAGCUCCAAAACAGUUGGCUUCCAAAACAGCUUUGAUUUCUUGGAUUGAGAGCUACCACAAGGAGCCAAGAUCACUGAAACACAUCUGUCGAAUGAAAAUCCGUGGAGCACUUGGCCAUCGUAGAAUCCGCGCCCUCCACUCAUUUGACAUUCCUCGUUGCUUGAAGGAUUAUCUAAUGUUUGAAGACCUCCAGUUACAGGACUGUUCACCCGCAAAUGUGGUCAUUGAAAGGACAACAAACAGGGAGUGCUGAAUAAUGUGGAAGAACUGACUUCAGUCAUCUUGUCAUUGCAGAUGUGUCCAAACAGCCCUAUAUAAAAAUUAUAUCACAGAAGAACUUUUGUAAAACAAACUGUCUAAAAUGUGAUGAGAGCAUUCCAGAGAGUUGGCAGUAACAACAGCUCAAUAUCUUUAGAUGUACUGAGUGACUUUGCAAGGAAAUCCAAAUUUCCUCAAAUUUAAAGAUUAUUACUAUAGUCCUAGCUAGACAAUUAUAGUUAUUUCAAGUUGGUAAAAGCAUGGGCAGCAUUGCAGCUCACUGCCACUUUUUUUUGUAGGGUAAUCUUUUGCUUCUAAAGGCACAAUUUUGCACCUUUGAUACCGUACUUGAAGUCUAAAUUUAGGGAUAUGGACCUGAAAAGGGUAACAAAAGCAAGACCCUUUGUGAGUAAUUUUUUUUUGUAUUACAGUAGUGCAAUUUUAAUAGGAAAAGCUACACUUGCAAAAAAAAUAGCAAAGGCCUUGUUAUACAACUAUAAAUGUUUCACAGUUUCAAUUGAAUUGAACUGUAUGCUGUACAAUGUAAGCUUUUUCUAUGGAAUUUUUAAAAAAUAAAUACAAUGACUAUUU